CGUCCUCUAUUCAGCGUGUGGUAGUUUUCUAGAGUUUACGAAACGCACGUAUACGAGAAAUGAAUAAAUUAAAAAAUAUUUAAUCCAGUUCAAUUUCGCAAAAUAUCGACAGAGUCGCCCGUUUGAAUAAGUGUGUCACAAGACACAAGCAGGAGGCGGAGAAUACUAUCCUCAUGCAGUUUGUAAAAAAAUGUUGAAAGACGAAGCAAUGGCAGGCGUGAUGUUUUCCUCGUAACAUUAGGAGAAAAGAGCGAUGGCGAACGAGGAAGAUGUUUGGGAGGAGCUUUCGGGUAUUCCAGCGGAUCCUCCGAAAAUGCGCGACAAAUGUGGACAAUGCAAGAGACCCGUCGGCGUUUGCUGGUGUCCUGGUUUACCGAAAACUCCUCUGUGUCCAGAAUCUCGUAUAAUAAUACUUCAACAUCCGGCGGAAGUUAAGCGAUGUUUACGCACCGCACCGAUGCUCGCGCUCGGACUUGAAUCGGGAAAAUGUCUCACUUACAGGGGGAAAAAAUUUCCGUCUACGAAGCAUGAGGGUCUCGCAAAAAUUUUAGAAGACAAAGAUACAAUAUUGUUGUAUCCCUCACCGAAUGCCGUUAAUAUCGCCGAACUUCCAAUAGUCGGAGUCGAUGGACAGAGGCCUUAUAAUCUCGUUCUUUUGGACGGCACGUGGCCGCAAGCCAAAGCGAUGUAUCACUCGAGCCCACCGUUAUGGUACUUGCGAGCGUGCAAGCUUGUCGGAGUCGCAACGAGCGAAUACGUGAUAAGAACCCAACCUACUGAGGGUUGCCUAUCGACACUGGAAUCCGGAGCUCUUUCACUAGCGCUUCUCGAAGGAAAAUUAUGGCUAAGAGAUGCGAUGCUCGGACCGCUUCACCAUCUGUGCAGAUAUCAACUCGAAAACGGUGCGGUGACUCAUCAAAGCAAAGAGUACCUGAUCAAACAGAAGACUUAUCCUAAACUCAUAGGCAAAAGAUUAUCGAAGCAGUUGCGAUUGCUCCCUGAAUCGGCUUCGUAACGCUGGAGCAACUCUUUUCACUUCGGUAAACUUAGAUUACACUAGACGUCUCAAUCUAUAAAGUUAUUUUGAAGAAAAUGAAUGAGAAAGACAAUUCAAAAUCAUCAAAUCGGUAUUGAAGCCGCGAACGUUAUAAUAUUGUCAAAUUUUUAUUCAUUAUUGUGGUGACGUUUUUUUUUAUAACGGAGUAAUUUCUAAAGCAGAAUCUACUCCAAUGUUACAAUGCUCUCGACAGUUUACUGUUAUUCGACAUUUUUUUCUUCAGCUUAGCUGACCAAGUUCUUAAGAUUCACAGCGAAGUCGCGUGGCAUUUUUGGUUAUGCAUAAUCAAGAAAAGAACGUACAAGAUACAGGCAAAAUGGGAUACAUGAGAAAUAAAUGUUAUGACUGUUA